UUUUUAUCCCUAUUUGAAAUGUUUUUAUGAUAUUACUUGUUGUCAGCUAUUUAAACAUUACACAAUAUUAUCAUGUGUGUUUUAUUGAUCUAAAAUUUAACUGAAAUUUCAAUUUUUGUCUAUAAAACGGUCUUUUUUGUGUUUAGUUUUGUGAUUUCUUACUGUUGGCACCACCUUUGUUAAACCUCAAAGUUAAACCUUAAAGGAUUGUCAGAUUAUUUUUGCAACCCUAUCUAAAAUUGAACAUGUGGCGCAAUACAGCACAGUACAAGAAAUAUUCACGGGCCUUGUCACAAGUGAUUAAACAAGCCAAAAAUUCAGAAUGUGUGUCAGAUUUAGAUAAUAUUGCAGUUAAUGACAGACUCCAUGGUUUUUUGGUAAAGAAAAUAAAGGAUAUUGAUGAGUUUAGGAUUAGAGCUAUAUACCUAGAACAUGAAAAAACCAAAGCUGAAUAUUUACAUUUAUAUAGAGAUGAUUCAAAUAACUUAUUCUCAGUUAAUUUUCGAACUACACCAAAGGAUAGUACGGGAAAACCCCAUAUAUUAGAACAUACAGUUUUGUGUGGUUCCGAAAUGUUUCCUGUGAGGGAUCCUUUUUUCAAAAUGCUAAAUCGAUCUUUAGCAACAUUUAUGAAUGCCAUGACUGGUUCAGAUUAUACCAUUUAUCCCUUCAGCACUCAGAACUAUUCGGACUACAUAAACUUACAGAAGAUUUAUUUAGAUGCCGUAUUUAAUCCCCAAUUAGCUAAAACUGACUUUAUGCAAGAAGGUUGGCGGCUGGAAAAUGAAGAUGUUAACGAUAUAAAAUCAAAGUUGAUUAUAAAAGGAGUUGUGUAUAAUGAAAUGAAAGGAGUGUUUGCAGAAAAUGAAAAUAUAUUUUGUCAGAAAUUGCAAAAUUCUAUAUUGCCUGAUCACACUUAUGGUGUUGUGUCAGGGGGAGAUCCUAAAGACAUACCAAAUCUUACAUGGGAAGGUCUCAAACAGUUUCAUAAAGAACACUAUCAUCCUAGUAAUUGCAGAUGCUUAUCUUAUGGUAAUUUUCCUUUACUACCUUCUUUAGAAUACAUAAACGAAGAAUACUUUUCAAAAUAUGCUUAUUCCCAACCAAGUAACACUGUUGUACCCAAACAGAAACGAUGGAGUGAACCUAUAAAAGAACAUAUAAGUUGUAGAUAUAAUUCAAUGGAGGAACCUAUAGAAAAACAGAACUAUAUUGCUAUAUCUUUGUUAUUGUCUGAUUGUACAGAUGUUUACGAAACUUUCCUUAUGCAGUUUCUUACUGAUCUCCUUCUAAAAGGCUGCAACUCUGCAUUUUAUAAAAGUCUUAUAGAACCAAACUUUUCAAGUGGAUUUACUCCAUCUGCAGGCCUAGAUACACAAUCCAGAGACACUGUAUUCACGAUAAGUUUAAAAGGUCUGAAGAAAGAAGAUUUUGAAAAAGUCGAAGACAUUUUUAACAAAACAAUUGAUGAGGUAAUUGAAAACGGAUUUGCUCCUGAUCAUAUAGAAUCUGUGUUGCAUUCAGUUGAGAUUGCUUUGAAACACGAAACAAGAAACUUUGGAUUGAAUUUGCUGUUUCACCUUUCCCCUCUUUGGAAUCAUUCCACUGAUGUUAUUUCUGGUUUGGAAGUAAACAAAGUGAUUGAUCGGUUGAAGAAUGAACUUAAAAGUAAUCCCCAUUACUUACAAGAGGUUGUGAAGAAGUACUUUAAAGAAAACAAACAUAAGCUAGUGCUGACUAUGAGUCCUGAUAAAGAAUAUGAAAGUAAACAGGAAAAAACUGAGGCGGAAUUGUUAAAGAACAAAACAAGAGGUUUAGGAGAUAAAGAUAAGAAAGAAAUAUACGAGAACGGUUUGAAAUUGAAGGAACUACAAGAAGCGACUCAGAACACUAACUUGUUACCUACUCUUGUCAUGGAUGAUAUAAGUUGUGACAUAGAGAAAGUCAGUAAAGUUAUUGUUAGUAUAAACAAUGUACACACUCAAAUUAACAAAGUAAAUUCAAACGGGAUAGUUUAUUUCAAAUCGAUAUUGAAUACUACAGAGUUAUCUCAAGAACAACAAAUGCUUUUACCGUUAUUUUGCUAUAUAAUAAACAAAUUGGGGACGGACCAGUUGAAUUAUAAGGAAUUUGAGAGUUUGAUGAACAGGAAAACUGCUGGAUUAAAUUUUAUGGCUCACAUUGCUGAAAGUUUGUAUCACUUGCAUACAUAUGAGCCUGGAGUGUACAUUUCUAGUCAUUGCUUGGAGAAGAAUGUGGAGAACAUGUGGGAUUUGUGGCAGCAGGUUUUCACCAUAUCGAAAUUGGCCGACGUAGAUAGGUUUAAAAUGUUGGUACAAUUAUAUAUGGCUAACUUGACACAUGGCAUUGCCGAUUCCGGUCACGUCUACGCUAUGCAGGCAGCCUCGAGCUUAGUUUCGGCUUCGUCCUACCAGGUGGAGCUACUGUCCGGCCUUCAGCAUAUCGCCUACAUGAAGGGGCUGAUUCAGACGUCAAAUUAUAGCGCUAUGCUGGAAGGAAUUCUGGACAUUGCCAGGACGCUGUUUGACAAGCGAAAAAUGAGGGUCGCUAUAAAUACGUCUCCAGAAAACCAGUCCGCCAUUUUGCGCACUUACGAAAACUUCACAUCCCAUCUUCCAUCCAACGCCAAUACCCUUUCCCCAGAAAACUCCUACAUCACGGGAAAAACCUGGACAUCUUCCGACUCCGUCAACUGUCAGCACCACGUCAUCAACAUCCCCGUGAAUUUCUGCAGCAAAGCCGUGCUAACGUCACCGUUUGCCACGCCGGAUCACGCGUCAUUAAGGAUUUUGGCCAGGUUCCUAUCUUCGAAGUACCUCCAUCCGGAACUCAGGGAAAAACGAGGAGCUUACGGCGCUGGGGCGCGUUUGUCUUCUGAUGGAGUUUUGGCAUUUUACAGCUACAGAGAUCCCAACGGAGCCGAGACGCUUGACGUGUUUGACGGCUCCUACGAUUGGUUCAAGAAAGAAUUUAAGAAUGCGACUGAUCAGGAUCUUUUAGAGGCUAAAUUGGGAGUGUUUCAGUCAGUUGACGCUCCUAUACCCCCUAGUUCUAAAGGAUUUGAUGAGUUCAGCAGGAGGUUGACUCCAGCUCUGCUUCAGAGGCAUAGGGCUGACAUAAUGGCGGUGAAAAAGAGCGACUUGGAGAAUGUGGUGGAGAAAUAUUUGGGAGAAGAUAACACCUUCAAUUGCGGUAAAGUGAUUUUGGGAUCCAAAAACGAGAAAGUUGACAUGUCGGCGAGAAAAGAUGAGAUCUGGACUGUUGUAGAUAGUGCUUAAAGUUAUAUAUUGUUGAGUUUUUAAUACAUUACAUGUAAUAAAAUUAUAGGUUUUGUAUGUUUAUUUAUGUCGUGUUAAAAGUUUGAAACCAGUUGUAUUGGUUUUACUAAAAAUUUGUAUUGAUUUUUAUAAAAUAAAACUGUUGAAAAAAGAA